AUGAAUAGUGCUAGAACAUGUAUGGCAUCUGCAUUAAUUUUCCAAUCCACAAAACAAAAAGCUGUUGAGGAUUCACUUUUUAUCUCUUGCAAUCACAGACGUGCAGCGACUGACUUUGUAUUUUUGUGGCCAAUCAGGGAUCAAAUCCAAGCUGAAGACAUUAGACAUGACAUCGCCGUGGAUCCCAUUGUAUAUGGCUGCAAGCCAGAUGGUAAAGGCCAGGCAAGAGGAAGAGCGUGUACUUGGGCUUACGUAGCCUUUACGGUUAUGCUGAGCUUAUCAGUGUCCUCUGCUCACAGAGCCAAUUUGGUCACUGGUGAUCAUGAACCCAAGGUGCGUGCACUAGGUGGCUGGGGUGAGCCAUACUAUGGCGGAGGUAGCGAUGGUGGGUGCCAAUACGGUGCUUGGGCUGGCUGUGGUUAUGGACAAGGCAGCGGAAGUGGUAGUGGCGGAGGAGGUGGCGGUGGCGGCGGCGGUGGCGGUGGCGGUGGUGGUGGUGGUGGAGGUUCUGGAGGCAUGCCUGGUUAUGGUGGCCCGGGAAAUGGUGGCGGUGGCGGAGGCGGAGGCGGCUCGGGUCCUGGAGGCAUGCCCGGUUACGGUGGCCCUGGCAAUGGUGGAAAUGGAGGUGGCGGCGGUGGCUCAGGAUGGACGCCUGGUUACGGUGGCCCUGGGUACGGGAAUGGAAAUGGAGGCGGUGGUGGAGGCGGUGGAGGACCUUAUCAGUGUGUGCCACAUCCAAGUUGCCACAAUUGUCACCCUUUUACUCUAUACACCAAUCAUCAUCAUCUUCCUCCCGGUACCGGUGCUACUGGGCCAAACAACAACAAAGCAGCAGACGAACCUUCUGCUGCCUUGGCUCCUGAAUCCGAUUAG